AUGUUUGACACACUCGCUGUAAAUUCGACCUUUUCUGGUCCAGCUUCACACUAUGGUUUAACAAACGCUGUUGUAAAGAAUGCUGGAAUAGCCGCAAAUGUAGCGGCGAGUCUUAGUCUAGCUAUGUGCUUGAUCGUUCUAGGUCUCACGAUAUGGGUUUAUUCAUAUCCUACAUGUCGACAUAUAUUAGAUAGAGUCUCUUUUAGAUUAUUGGUGGUAGCUAUGAUAUGGGAAUUUUGGUAUUCAUUCGUUUUCUUAUGUUUGUAUAUCAAUGACUCCAUAUACAGGCCUGAUAAUAGCUGGGGUCCUAGACCAUGUACAGCAGGAGUAUAUUUCCUAGUUUCUUCAAUGCACGUAGUCGAUUUAUUGAUCAUGUUCAUCGCUAUAAAUCUUCUCCUCACUAUAAACUUGGGAUUGAAUCCUCUCCAACUACGACUGGAGAGAUGGUAUAUUGGUAUAUCAAUUUGUAUAGCAUAUAUCGCUCCUUUGCCUUCAGCGGCAUUGCAGCAUUUUGGAUGGGAUCCAGCUUUGAAUACAUGUUGGAUCAACGGUAAAGGAAGGAAAACGCGUUUUAAUUAUCUUCUGGAAGGAAUUUACAUCACACCGAUAAUAACAUGUUUUGUCUCAACGGCAUGUGUUGCUAUUGUACUUGUGACUCUCUUCAGACAAGGUCGAAAUACUAGUCGAGCAUUAUUUGGAGGAAGAAGAGGGAAACAAAAGAUUGAUCAAGAUGAUAAGGGGAGUGAUCAAAGUGAUGAUGUCUUAUUCUCAUCAGAUCCAUUAACGACCGGAUCAGAUGGUUUGAUAUUAUCUUCUUCCACCACUCAAGCCAACGCCAACAAUACCGAAAUCAUCUCUCAAUCUGCUCUCGACGGAAUCAUAAUAGCUCAUUUACCAAAACGGAAAGAGACUGAAAAGGAGAAAAGAAAAGUCAAAUGUAAAGAAACAGAGUUUUGUGAAAAAAUUGGUAAUUUCAUUAGACGAAAAGGAUGGUAUACGACAGAAGAAAUCCACAAUAGAAAAUCUCAAAGUUAUUUUAACUCAUUAUCAGAUAAAUUCUUCGGUAUUGCGAUUAGAAUUUCUUGGUAUCCUGUUACUUUAUUAUUCAUUAAUACAAUCUUAAUUGUGGGGGACUUGUUGAUCGCAGCUCAAGGAGGUGUGAAAUCGCAUCACACAGUAUGGUUAUAUUGUCUUUACUACUUUCUUUAUGGUGGUCGAGGAUUAUGUUGUAGUGGACUUGUCAUCAUCAUCGAUCCAAGUCUUAUUAGGGGUAUCAAAGCUGCAUGGAAAGAGAGGAAAGCCAGUCGGCAUUCACUUCCAACCACUGCAACUCAAAACAAUACGAAAUCGAUCUUCCCUCUUGAUGUUAGUCUCCUUUCGACAACCUUUGAGAGUGGAUCUGGUUUCACUCCUGAUCGUACUGAUCAUAGACUUACUCCUACGCAAAUACAUCCACAACUUAACUCAGUCUCGAGACUUCGUAUGGAUUCUGAUAUAUCCUUUGACUUCGCAACUGCAUUAGCGUUCAUACCUGGAGAAGACAAUAGAGAUAAAGAAAAAUCUCGGCAACAACAUGAAAGAGAUCAGCUUCAACCCACAGUAGAACUAGAUUUAUCAUAUUUGGAUCAGGAAUUAGACAUGACCGUUCUGGAUGAUGAGUACAAUAAAGAAGAGUCUGAAUUACCAAUAACAGAAGAAUAUAGAUCAGAGAAUCCAACAUCUUCACCUCGUACACCGGAGUUGAAUGCCACAAUAGCAAGAUCAGAUAGUACCGGAAGAACUGGUAUAUUAGGCCAUCUGGUCGCUCCAACGUAUAAUACCAACAAUGAAAAUCCAAUCGUCAAGAAAGCAUUGAAGUUGAAGGCUUCCGAUACAGAAACGGAGAAAAGGAAAGAGGAAAAGAGGAAGAGGGAUGAAAAAGUUAGAGAGAUUAAAAAGAGAUUUGAGGAAGUCCAAUCGCAUUUAUAG